GACAAAGUUUACCAAUUCUUCAUUAUUAAAGUUUGGAAUUUUAAAAUUCAUUAUUUUACCAUGACAACAAAGAGUGACUUUCCAACCGGAAGACGCAGCAGUGUGACUUUUAACCUAAAUGAUGAGGCCUUCCGGAUCCGGACUCCCAGUAUGGGAAAGAGAGAAAAUCAACAGAUCCGGGUGUCCAGUUCGGGAAAAGUGAAAACGGAAUACGCCCAAUCCGACACCAGCAGUGUAGUCUCCAGCUCACUUCCAAAGAAGUUCCACAAGCUUAAAGGACCAAAUCGCCUGCAACAGAAUUUAGACCGGAUCAAAAGUCCUAGUGGGUGUGUGCGACCUCAACAUAAUGUUAAUUAUGAAAAUACGUACAAACUAUCCCCGGAUAAAAACACUGCUUUUGAUGAAUCAAAAAUCUCAGAAAUUAUUGAACGCAUUUUGUCAGAAAACCUUAAGGACGAAUCAUACAACCACGACGACUGUUUAAACUUGUGCGUCCGUCUUGCAGAAUUGAUUAAAGAUGAGGUCAAAGCGACUGGAAUUCCCAGAUAUAAAUUGAUUACACACGUUGUUAUAUUUGAAGACAAACGACAGGGUUUUCAAUAUGGUAGCCGGUGUCUCUGGAACCCUAUCUUUGACAAUUUUGCUACGGCAUCGUACUCAGGGCCCGAAUACAGGGCCGUGGGGGCAUGUUUCGCCACUUACUAUGACUAACAUGAGUCAGACCCAGUGAACCGGAUGGACAGUCACUUUCCAAUAUACAUGUAUAACUUAACAGAACGGUACUAAAAGGGGGGCUUUAAAAGUCCCUUUAGAGUAACUGAGUAUGUGAAUGUUUUGUAAGGAUAAAGACAUUUAUUUAUUACCAAAUAACACAAUUAGAAGACAAUUGUUAGCCUGUAUAAAAUUAUUAAAUAUUGCUGGAAUUCACGGAGAAGCCUACAAUAUAGUUAGAGAGAAUUUACUGUAAAUUGUUGCCUUUAUAUUGUAUUGAAAUAAAAAUGGUAAUCAGUAUUUCAAAAGUGCAAAAUUGAUAUUUCGCUUCGACAAAUGGAGAGGCGAUCCGAGAGUACAAUAUUUCAUUCAAAGAGACGUGUUUUUGUUUGUUUGUUUGUUUAUCACCAUUUACCACCAUUGGUAAUAAAAUAUACUAACA